AUGGUGCUACCAACGGCCUUCUCUUUUGCGCAGCCCAAGCAGUGGCGCAAAGCCAUUAAAAAAGUGCUGCGUGGAAAAGUGGCGCGUGCGAUCAUAGACGCCGACCUCGUCCUCUCGCAUCUCGUCGUCGACUCUGUCGGGAGCAGCGCGGCACUCAUGCCGAACGAGAUGCCGCCCGACGCAUUUGGCUAUAUGAUCUUACACUUGCCCUCGACGUACGACGGCGGCGACAUGGCGUUCGCCUACGGCUACACGACCGAAAAGUGGGCGCCAGACACGACCGGCGUUGCCAUGGUCACGACCUUCCGAGAUUUGAUUGCUGCGUCUGCGCCCAUCACACACGGCGUGCGCAUGGCGCUCGUCUUCCGACUUGUGGCGAACGACGAAGAAGAGGAUAUGUUUCCUCUGCCGUGCGACCAAGAGUACGGCAUUCGCGCCUUCCACCAAGUCGCGCAGCUGCCCCUUCACACGCACCACCGCAUUGCAUACUACGAUGUGGACGACCCUCCGAGUGCGUUGGAUACGCCUUGGACCUUUGAGACCCUCGGCUCAUACGAAGCGGGUUUGGUGCACACGCUCUUGACCACCGAGCUGUACGACGUUGCGCUUGUGACAUUUGCACUCGAGUCGGACGACGAUGUUGCGUUCGAGAAGCAGCUGAGACGUGACAACUGCGGUAGCGACUUUGAGUCCAGCGACGACGACGACGACGACGAGUACGAGCGCAAGUUCAAGAACCAAGUCGCCACGUUCGUCGCGAAGGUCGUGGGCAGCGGCGUCGAUGCUUUUCUGUUUGACAACUCACCGAUCGACCACCACUCCAUCCUCGGUCUCAACGUCGUCUUGCCGCUCGUGCAAGACGCGAUCACCAACCACGUGAUGGACCAGCCACUUCUGGGUCUUCCAUCGGGCCGGGAUGCUCUCCAUGGAGCGCUCGGUGCCUUCCGGCGCGAUCGCCUCGGUCGGUUUGGCGAGAAAUCCGGGCUUACCACCAUGUGCGACAUCCUCUUGGCGCUCGACGACUUUGAGCUGGUUGUCGUCUUUCUCCGAGACGCCAUUUUUGUGCGCUACGACAUGCCCCUCCGCGAGACAGCGGCGUCGAUUCAUGCGUGCCUCGCGCGGUAUGGCUGGCCGCGACUCGCACCCGCGAUGCACGGGCUCCUGUCUCGCUGGCACCAGACGCCUGCGUUUCGAGCUCCGUCAUGGGAGUACAUUGAUUGCGACAGCGCGCCGCGCCUUCUCACGAGCCUCGCGGGCAUCACAACCGAUGCGGUCUGUCCGCCACUCGAUCAACCAUUUGUGUGCGAGUUUAUCAAAGGCUGCUACGACCACGCAUUGCACCAGCCCCAAUUCUGCCUAGAGAACGACAUGUCUCCCGAGAAAUUCCGUCGCUUUGCAGCCAAUAUCGUCCUCCUCGAUUGGUACCUCGACGAGCAUGCACCGCAUUCGGUCCAUGGCAACUACCUCGGCGCCUUCUUGCCGCCAAGUAUGCUCCUCGCUGUCGACGCGUUUCUGUAUCCGCGUCAGCCCAACGCGUUGACGCUGCUCGCGGUGAUGAAGAAGCUACCACCGGCAAAAGUGCUCUUGUAUGUCCCCGAAGCGCUCGCCGUGGCUUUGAAAAGCCAGCCAACGAUGGUCGUGGACCGGUACGUGCACGUCAUUGAGAACGCUUUCGCGCUCUUCGAUGCCGCCAGCGUGCGAUACAAACCGGUUGGAGCCACCAUCUUUGCGAGCCUCGUCGCUGUGUCGGAGCGAGCCGGCCGGUGUGACGCCACGGCAUUUGAAAAGUGCUGGACGCUCUUGUUUCCGGCGUCGCUAGCCGGCACGCGGCAACGGCUGCAAGAACGGACGUCGCCGUUGCCAGACGAUCUGCGCGCUUGCAUUGCGGCGCUUGUCGCAGCGCUUGCGCCAACGCUGUCGUCCGACAAUGACUGGCAACCGACGUACACGGGCUGCUACAAAUCGUGGGAGCAGCCCGGCUUGCUUGCUGUUGAAGUGCUCGCGACCGUCGACCCAACGCAGCCAUGGACCGUGACGCCCCGGAUGCGGACGACACACGACGACGACAACGACGACGACGAGCCGUACUUUGCCUUUGGCAACCCGGACCCGACGCGGGAGCUCUACUGUCCGCUGGCGACGCUGCUGGCCAAGGUUGUGCCGCAGCACGUGGUCGAGAUUGAGCGCGUCGUGCAGCGCUGCUUCGCUGUUUUGGGUCGUACUCGAGCACCGCGUCCCGACAUCACCGAUUACGUCUUCAACGACAUUGCCCUCGACGCGGCGCAUUGUGACAUGUGUGCGCGCUUGGCUGCAUUCUUGACCGACGGCACAAAGGCGCGAUUGCACUUGCCAUUCGGAAAGUCGCUGUGCGAUCGAGGACUCCAAUGUAUCAACGCCAACCAGCACCGCCUCAAGCUGGCCGUUGGCCGCCGUGGAUCAAAUGACUGCGUCAUCAAGUUGCAGCAAGAUGGAUGCGUCGACGAAGAGCAACUGGACACGCAUGUGGAGGCGCAGCAAGUCGACGCCGACGACCGAGCACGUAUUGCGGCGUUGGACGUGAUCUUGGCCGAUGCGCUGCGUCGAAAGGCACAGAACGAGAGCACCAACGACGACGACGACGAGGUCGUGCAUCACGAUCGCGUCAAGCGCCAGCGAUGUACCACCGAUUGAGUCACAAAUGACAUUUCGGUCGGUGACGGUUGGUCGGUUUUACAU